AUGUCUACACAAGGUAAAAUAAAUAUCAAGAAAAAUUCAUCCUCUAAGAUAUCUCAGUCUUACAAAGCUGGCUUACGGUUCCCAAUAGGUCGAAUCUAUAAAUAUUUAAAGACUGGAAACUAUGCUAAAAGAAUCAGUACCGAAGCCCCUAUCUUUCUGGCUGCUGUGUUGGAAUAUUUGACAACAGAGUUACUGGAGCUGUCUGGUAAUGUUGCCCAGGCGAACAAAAAAAUCCGGAUCACCCCGCUGCAUAUCCAACUAGCCCUUCAAAAUGAUGAGGAACUUCAGGAGGUCUUGGCGGCGGUAACGAUCCCUGAAGGUGGAGUGGUGCCCCACGUUCAUUUCCAUCUACUUUCUCGUAAGACACCUCGAGACUUACCAGACAAGAAACCCUCUUCCAUCCAAAAGGUCUAA